AUGGAAGAGCCUCCAGAAGAGGCUACCGGGAGACCCUUGGAACCUGAAAGCACAGCUAGGUCCCCAAAUGACAGUCACAGAGAUCGCCAGAAAGACAACAGGAAGAAACUGGACAAAAAGGAGGCAGAUAACCAGUCUUAUCAGAGAACAGCUAACCAGGCCAACCCAAGAGUAUAUAGCCAGGCUGAACCCAACAUAUUUGGCCAAGCAGACUACAAAGUAUCUGAACCGAAUGGGCGCAGAACAUCUGAUCAGGCUGACCUCAGAGCAUCCAAUCAUGAUAAUGUUGCUGAUCAUACAACAACUAAUCAGACUGACCAAGGAAUGUCUGAACAGAUGGGCAGAAAGGCAUCUCACCAAGCUGAUCAUGUAGAAUCUGAACAGACUGACAACCAGAUGCCUGCUCUGUAUGAACAAAGAACCCCUGAACACAUUGAUCGAAGAUUGUCUGGCCAGGCUGAACGAAGAACUUCUGAACAGAUUGACCGCAGAUUGUCUAGCCAAGCUGCACGAAGAACUUCUGACCAGAUCGACCGCAGAAUGUCUAGCCAGGCUGAACGAAGAACUUCUGACCAGGUUGACCGCAGAAUGUCUAGCCAGGCUGAACGAAGAACUUCUGACCAGGUUGACCGCAGAAUGUCUGGCCAGGCUGACCAAAGAACUUCUGAGCAGAUGGACAGCAGAUUGUCUGGUCUCGUUGAACGAAAAACUUUUGAGCAGGUUGACAAGAUAUUGCCUCAACAAACUGUCUAUAAAACAUCUGUAAAGACUCACCACAAAGUGCAUGACCAAGUGACUGAACUAGCUGAACACAAGGUUGCUGACCCAGCUGACAGCAGUACUCAUCAUCCUAGAGUUGACAAGCAUGAUUAUAGUGAGUCUGAUGAGGUUGAUCACAUAAUGAAUGAAGAAGAUAACAUCAAAGACAACCUGUUUGAUUAUGGAAAAAGUGACCAUCAGUAUGAUGACAGAAUAUUCACCAGCAAGAAAGACAAAGAGGCUGACUUCAAAGUAGAGCCCUACAAAUUUAAUGUUAGCCAGACAGACCUCAGUGAUUCCAAGGUUUUAGAUGUAACCGACUCUGAAACUACAAACUUUCUGCAAGCAUUCAACUCACUUGAAACCAAGAUCAUCGGUCAUUUGCAAGCAAAAAGCCGAGAUUAUUCCCCAAGAUUCCCCACCAUCUCAACCCAAUUGGACUAUACCGUCAGCCAAGACAAAUCUCAAGUAAUAGCACCUGAGACUAUAGAAUACCAAGAAAGGAGGAGUUCUCAUGCUCACAAGAAAGCCCAUAGGAAACGGUUCCCUUCUAUAGUGUACCAAGAUCCUUAUCAAGUUUCACUACAGUACAUGGAAAAACACCACAUUCUGCAAAUAUUCCAGCAGAUCACUGAAAACUUAGUCUAUGAAAGGCCAGAGGACCCCCUGAGUUUUAUGCUGUACCAGGUAUGGACUAGUAGGAUAAAAAUAAUCUUUAUAUUCUUUUUAUUAUAA